GGUUUUGUGGCGCUUGUCCAUUAUCAACAUACUCUCUCUCUCUCUCUCCCUCUCUCUCUGAUAUCUAGCAAGUCUCAUUCUACUACUGGAUGUCCAUAUCCCAACAUCCACACGCGCAUCCUACUCGUUUUCUCUCUCCCCUUCUCCCCUUCUUCUUCCUUCUCUUUCUUUUUCCGGCAAUUUCAUAUGGAAGCUCCGGGAAAGAGUCAUCGAAGACAAGGCAGAAUCGCCAGACCUUCUGAUUCAGAAGAGGUCAGCAGUACCGAGUGGGAGGACAUAGACAUGACCGAGCAAGAGGAGGACCUGAUUCACAGAAUGCAUAGACUCGUCGGCGAAAAGUGGGACUUGAUAGCCGGGCGGAUUCCGGGACGGAGCGCGGCAGAGAUCGAGAGGUUCUGGAUCAUGAAGCACCGCAAGGGGCUUGCUGAGAGAAGAAGAGAGCGCAAGAAAGCAAAACCCGGGACAUUUAUCAAGUGAUUGGCUUUUAAUUACGCUCUCGGCUUCAGGUUCGUUGGCCAUACGGGUUCCUGGCCAAAAGAACAGGGGCUGGAGUUAUGGCAUUGUGAGAUUCACAAGUUUUGGUGUUUCUACUUUUUCAUGGUUGCGAAGGCGACAUUGACCUUUGUAGAAGAACGGGAACUCUGAUUCUUUGCGGAAUUAAUGGGCAUAAUCCCUAUGAAUCAAUGUGUACCUGGAACAACUCCAUCCAUCGUGGUCAGGAAUACAGGCAUAGGCUCGGCCCAUCAAGCACCGGGUCGGUUACUAGUCAUGGAUCGAUAUAUGCACUCAUGGGCUAGACAUUGUCUGACUCCCGAUUACUA